AUGGCUAACGACACGUGGCCAACUUUGGAAGAGGAGAGAAUGCUGCAUCGCGACGGAAUUGCUGGUCGGAUCAUCGGCGGGUCCAACGCCAUCCUCACCCAGUUUCCGUUCUUCGCUCUCAUUCAUCAAAACGGCAACCCGCAGUGCGGUGGCUCGUUGAUCUCCACCGAGUGGGUCAUGACGUCGGCCCGUGGCCUGGCGGGGACACAGCUCAAUAGCUACCAAAUAUAUUUGGGAAAUUUGGCGAGUCAAACGCCGUUCUCGUCAGGGCACGUCGUGGUGGUGCCCACCGCCAUCUUUGUCCACGAGCUGUACACCACGAGUUCGCAACAAAACAACAUUGCCCUGUUGCAAAUCCCCGCAGUCGCCACGACAGCAAACAUCCAGCCGGUGACGCUCGCCCUCGACGCCACCAACAAUUUCAACGGCCAAGUGGCGACCGUCAUGGGAUUCGGGAAAAUCGCCGACACCGGAGGGUCAUCAAGCUCAACGACUCUGAGGUUUAUCGACCUGACUGUGAACGACGGGACACUGUGCACGUCAGCCUUCGGAUCUGGGUCUUACACAAGCUCCAACCUUUGCGCCAAAGAUCCCAACGGCGCGAAAGCGCCUUGCGGGACACGAGAUUAUGGUGAUCCACUGGUGUACCUUGAUGGAAGCAACAAUUGGAUACAAAUUGGAAUUGUCUCCGAUAUCUCAAACCAAUGCUUGGCAAAAGCGACGAGCUUCACGCGCGUUGCUGCUUUUACAGCGUGGAUUGCAUCAAAAAUUCCAACCACAACAACAACCUCAACCACUACGACCACUACACCAACAACUACUACCACCACACCAACAACUACGACCACUACACCAACAACUACGACUACUACACCAACAACUACGACCACUACACCGACAACUACGACCACCACACCAACAACUACGACCACCACACCAACAACUACGACCGCCACACCAACAACUACGACCACCACACCAACAACUACGACCACUACACCAACAACUACGACCACUACACCAACAACUACGACCACCACACCAACAACUACGACCACGAUACCCUCAACAACAACAACAGAGCCAAUUACAAGUACCACCACUGAGCAAAUUACAAGUACAACCACUGAGCCAUUUACAAGUACCACUACCGAGCCACUUACAAGUACCACUACCGAGCCAAUUACAAGUACAACCACAGAAAUAUUUACAAGUACCACCACUGAGCCAAUUACAAGUACCACCACUGAGCCAAUUACAAGUACCACCACUGAGCCACUUACAAGUACCACCACUGAGCCAAUUACAAGUACCACCACUGAGCCAAUUACAAGUACCACCACUGAGCCAAUUACAAGUACCACCACUGAGCCAAUUACAAGUACCACCACUGAGCCAAUUACAAGUACCACCACUGAGCCAAUUACAAGUACCACCACUGAGCCAAUUACAAGUACCACCACUGAGCAAAUUACAAGUACCACCACUGAGCCAUUUACAAGUACAACCACAGAAAUAUUUACAAGUACCACCACUGAACCAAUUACAAGUACCACCACUGAGCCACUUACAAGUACCACCACUGAGCCAAUUACAAGUACCACCACUGAGCCAUUUACAAGUACCACCACUGAGCCAAUUACAAGUACCACCACUGAGCCAAUUACAAGUACCACCACUGAGCCACUUACAAGUACCACCACUGAGCCAAUUACAAGUACCACCACUGAGCCAAUUACAAGUACCACCACUGAGCCAAUUACAAGUACCACCACUGAGCCAAUUACAAGUACCACCACUGAGCCAAUUACAAGUACCACCACUGAGCCAAUUACAAGUACCACCACUGAGCCAAUUACAAGUACCACCACUGAGCAAAUUACAAGUACCACCACUGAGCCAUUUACAAGUACAACCACAGAAAUAUUUACAAGUACCACCACUGAACCAAUUACAAGUACCACCACUGAGCCACUUACAAGUACCACCACUGAGCCAAUUACAAGUACCACCACUGAGCCAUUUACAAGUACAACCACAGAAAUAUUUACAAGUACCACCACUGAACCAAUUACAAGUACCACCACUGAGCCACUUACAAGUACCACCACUGAGCCAAUUACAAGUACAACCACUGAGCCAUUUACAACAAGUACCACUACCGAGCCAUUUACAAGUACAACCACAGAAAUAUUUACAAGUACCACCACUGAACCAAUUACAAGUACCACCACUGAGCCACUUACAAGUACCACCACUGAGCCAAUUACAAGUACCACCACUGAGCCAUUUACAAGUACCACCACUGAGCCACUUACAAGUACCACCACUGAGCCAAUUACAAGUACCACCACUGAGCCAAUUACUAGUACCACUACCGAGCCAUUUACAAGUACAACCACAGAAAUAUUUACAAGUACCACCACUGAACCAAUUACAAGUACCACCACUGAGCCACUUACAAGUACCACCACUGAGCCAAUUACAAGUACCACCACUGAGCAAAUUACAAGUACAACCACUGAGCCAUUUACAAGUACCACUACCGAGCCAAUUACAAGUACAACCACAGAAAUAUUUACAAGUACCACCACUGAACCAAUUACAAGUACCACCACUGAGCCACUUACAAGUACCACCACUGAGCCAAUUACAAGUACCACCACUGAGCAAAUUACAAGUACCACCACUGAGCCAUUUACAAGUACAACCACAGAAAUAUUUACAAGUACCACCACUGAACCAAUUACAAGUACCACCACUGAGCCACUUACAAGUACCACCACUGAGCCAAUUACAAGUACCACCACUGAGCCAUUUACAAGUACAACCACAGAAAUAUUUACAAGUACCACCACUGAACCAAUUACAAGUACCACCACUGAGCCACUUACAAGUACCACCACUGAGCCAAUUACAAGUACAACCACUGAGCCAUUUACAACAAGUACCACUACCGAGCCAUUUACAAGUACAACCACAGAAAUAUUUACAAGUACCACCACUGAACCAAUUACAAGUACCACCACUGAGCCACUUACAAGUACCACCACUGAGCCAAUUACAAGUACCACCACUGAGCCAUUUACAAGUACCACCACUGAGCCACUUACAAGUACCACCACUGAGCCAAUUACAAGUACCACCACUGAGCCAAUUACUAGUACCACUACCGAGCCAUUUACAAGUACAACCACAGAAAUAUUUACAAGUACCACCACUGAACCAAUUACAAGUACCACCACUGAGCCACUUACAAGUACCACCACUGAGCCAAUUACAAGUACCACCACUGAGCAAAUUACAAGUACAACCACUGAGCCAUUUACAAGUACCACUACCGAGCCAUUUACAAGUACAACCACAGAAAUAUUUACAAGUACCACCACAGAAACAUUUACAAGUACCACUACCGAGCCACUUACAAGUACCACCACAGAGCCUUUUACAGCAACGCAGCCAUCAACAACUACAGGAUGA